GAUAAUGGAUCAUUAUGCCUCCACCAUCAAACCUCGAAGAAUCCAAAACCAAAAUGUCAUUCACCGCUUGGAGCGCAGGCGGAUCAGCUCGGGCAAGGCAGGGACCCACUGGCACCAGGUCCGAGUGUUCCACCAGAAUGUCUUCCCCAACUUCACAGUUGUCAACGUUGAGAAGCCUCCUUGUUUCUUGCGUAAAUUCUCACCGGAUGGACGCUUCUUUAUUGCUUUUUCUUCAGACCAGACAUCUCUUGAAAUCUACGAGUACCAGGGCUGCCAGGCAGCAGAGGACCUCCUGCAGGGGUAUGAGGGGGAGAUCCUGUCCAACGGGAAUGACCAGCGCUCGGUCAAUAUCCGGGGCCGGCUCUUUGAACGCUUUUUUGUCCUGCUACAUAUUACCAACGUGGCGGCCAAUGGGGAGCACCUGAACCGGGAGUGUAGCCUCUUCACAGACGACUGCCGGUGUGUCAUCGUGGGCUCAGCUGCCUACCUCCCGGAUGAGCCUCACCCUCCUUUCUAUGAGGUGUAUCGUAACAGUGAGUCGGUGACCCCCAAUCCCCGCUCCCCUCUAGAGGACUACUCCCUGCAUGUCAUUGACCUUCACACUGGCCGCUUGUGUGACACUCGCACAUUCAAGUGUGACAAAGUGGUCCUGUCACACAACCAAGGGCUGUACUUGUACAAGAACAUCCUGGUCAUCUUGUCAGUGCAGCAGCAGACCAUCCACGUCUUCCAGGUGACUCCCGAGGGCACGUUCAUCGACGUGCGGACUAUUGGCCGCUUCUGCUACGAGGACGAUCUGCUCACUGUGUCAGCUGUCUUCCCCGAGGUACAGCGGGACAGUCAGACAGGCAUGGCCAACCCCUUUAGGGACCCUUUCAUCAACUCCCUGAAACACCGGCUGCUGGUGUACUUGUGGCGCCGGGCAGAGCAGGACGGCAGUGCGGUGGCCAAGAGGCGCUUCUUCCAGUAUUUUGAUCAGCUACGGCAGCUGCGCAUGUGGAAGAUGCAGCUCUUGGACGAAAACCAUCUGUUUAUCAAGUACACUAGUGAGGACGUUGUCACUCUGCGGGUCACAGAUCCAUCACAGGCCUCUUUCUUUGUCGUGUACAACAUGGUGACAACACAGGUGAUUGCUGUCUUUGAGAAUACGUCUGAUGAGCUUUUGGAGCUCUUUGAGAACUUCUGUGACCUCUUCCGUAACGCUGCCCUGCACAGUGAGGUCCAGUUUCCCUGCUCGGCUUCCAGCAACAAUUUCGCAAGGCAGAUCCAACGCCGGUUCAAAGACACUAUUAUCAAUGCCAAGUAUGGAGGGCACACAGAGGCCGUGCGCCGGCUGCUGGGCCAGCUCCCCAUCAGUGCCCAAUCGUACAGCGGGAGUCCCUACCUGGAUUUGUCUCUCUUCAGCUACGAUGACAAGUGGGUGUCAGUCAUGGAGCGGCCCAAGACUUGCGGAGACCACCCCAUCAGGUUCUACGCGCGGGACUCUGGUCUGCUCAAGUUUGAGAUCCAGGCAGGCUUACUGGGCCGCCCCAUCAACCACACGGUGCGACGCCUCGUUGCCUUCACUUUUCACCCCUUUGAGCCUUUCGCCAUUUCCGUGCAGAGGACUAAUGCCGAGUAUGUCGUCAACUUCCACAUGCGACACUGCUGCACGUAGGAGCUUCAGCAAAGCCAGGCUGUCUGGUCUGCCCGGACUCGGCCUC